AUAGGGCCUAAGAAUCUAUUAUUAUAAAAAAAAAUGAUAACAACCCACUAAUUCAGCCUUGAAUAAUACUCGAAUAUUGGCUGGAUACAAAGUCCAUUAUCCUCUCCCAAUAUUUAUUUAUUUUUAUUUUUUUAGCAACAUCUUAUAAUCCUGGGUCGUCAUCCCAAUAUUUUCAAUCAUUUAAUACUACUUCCAUGUUAGUUGCAACUUUGAGUUUGACACGGAUUUUAAGACAAAAUUUCAUAAUAGUUCACUAAUGAAUUAAAGUAUAGUAAAUUAAGGGUAGGAGUGAGAAAGUGGAGGUAAUUAAAAAAAUUGACCAACAAUGACAACAGCAGCCACACCACAACCAACGUUCAACAGCAGCCACCUUUAGACCACCCAUCUCACAGCCUGAAACCACCUGCUCUAAGGCUGAACCACCCAGACGCACCCCGAACAACCCUAAGACCACCACCUUUUACCCCGAGCAACCCCAAAAUCAUCACCUCUCAGCCCGAAACCACCCAUUUCAAGCCGACCACCCAUCUUACAACCCUAAAACCACCCCUGCAACGCGAACAACCCAAAAUCACCCCCUCUCAACCCAAACGACUCGAAACUACCACCUCUCAACUCUAACCACAUCGACACCAACUCCUCACAGCCGAACCUCCCUAAAGCCACCAACACUCGCCAUAAACCACCCCAAAACCACCACUCUCAAUCAGCCCCAAGAUUACCCACACUCACCCUAAAGCAACCCAGGCCAAAACUACCCUUCCUCACCUUGAAUCACACCAAACCAUCCAUAAACAACCCCAAACUAGCCCAAUUACCCCUCAAACCAUCAUAUCUACACUAUUAAAAGAGAGAGGGGGGGGGGGAGUGAGUAAGGAGCACUGGAGGAGUAGGCGGCGACUUUGAAUAUGGUGAUGAGCAGCGACAGCAUUGAAGGUGGUGGUGGAUGCAGCAGCGAGCCAGCGACGGGGACAAUGGUGGUUAGAUGCGGCGGCGACGACGAUGAGAAGGUCGUGUUCUGAUAUUCUUGGUAGUUGAAUGAUUUUUGGAAUUGAAUUGUUUUUUUAAUUUAUGUGUUAGAUGAGUUAGAUUAGGAAUGUAAUGAAAUCUGAUUUAGAUAGUUAAAUGUGUUUAUAAGUUCUUUAGUAAGGGUAUUUUUGUACUUUUAUUUUAAAAAAACUUACUAAAAUAGGAAAAAAAAUGAAAAGUUGCAACUAAUAUGUAGCACUUCGUUUUGACAAAAGUUACAACUAAUAUGUAACGGAGGUUAUAAAACUUACCACUUCAACAUACAAAACUCAAAAUACAAAAACCACGUUACAAACGUGAAACGGGCCGAAUAAAACACGACCACACACAAAACACCAGUCUCCAACCCAGAAUUUGACUCUUAACAGUCCAAAUAAGGCAAUAAUCUUCUCACAAAAUUUUGACUCAUUUCAAAACUCCGAAAUUUCUGUCUCAAAAAGUCCAAUAAAAACCUAUAUAUAUAAAUAAAUUUGAUUCCUUUCAAUAUGAGUCAAAUUCCCAAAUCCCAAAACCCCACAAAUCUUUCUCCUCAAAAAACCCCACUUCUAAUGGCGUCCUCUUCAGCCGCCAUUGAUGAACAAUCAUCACCCAAUUCAAGCUAUUGGAUAUGGAAAAAACACGACUUUUUCCCAGAAACUUCCUUCAAUUCUUUCUCAGAUUACAAAUCUGCACUUUCCCAGAUUUUCCCACGUCUCAAAGACAGAUUAUUGAGUCGUUCUUCUGAUUCUUUCGAACUCGUUGAGUUGAAGAAAGAGAGUGUAAAUCCCAUGAACAAAUGUUUAACAUGGUGGGAUCUUAUAUGGAUGAGUUUUGGGUCAGUUGUCGGGUCGGGUAUUUUCAGUAUUACGGGUCAAGAAGCCCAUAAUCAUACAGGCCCAGCAAUUUUACUGUCGUAUGCAAUUUCUGGGUUUUCUGCAUUAUUAUCUGUUUUUUGUUACACUGAAUUUACUGUUGAAAUUCCUGUUGCUGGCGGUUCUUUCUCUUUUCUUAGAAUUGAAUUGGGUGAUUUUAUUGCUUUUAUUGCUGCUAGUAAUAUCUUGCUUGAAGCUAUUGUUGGUGCUGCAGGAUUAGGCAGAUCAUGGUCUUCUUAUUUUGCUAGUAUGAUUAAGAAUGAUUCUGAUUUUUUGCGAAUUCGAGUUGAUUCUUUUGCUGAAGGGUUUAAUCUGCUUGAUCCUAUUGCUGUAAUUGUGCUGUUGAUUGCUAAUGGUAUUGCUAUGUCCGGGACUAGGCGGACGUCAUUGUUGAAUUGGUUAGCUUCUGUGUUGAGUGCAUUAGUGAUUGUUUUCAUCAUUGUGGUUGGGUUUGUUCAUUCGAAAACUGAGAAUUUAACACCAUUUUUUCCAUUUGGGGCUAAAGGAGUGUUUCAGGCUGCUGCUGUUGUGUACUGGUCUUAUACAGGGUUUGAUAUGGUUGCUACCAUGGCUGAAGAAACUAAGAAACCCUCAAGGGAUAUCCCGAUUGGGCUGGUUGGAUCGAUGUCGAUUAUUACUGUCAUAUAUUGUUUGAUGUCAUUGACAUUGACUAUGAUGCAGAAGUAUACUGAGAUUGAUGUAAAUGCACCUUACACUGUUGUUUUUGAGAAGAUUGGUAUGAAAUGGGCCAAGUAUUUGGUGUCUAUUAUUGCUCUUAAAGGGAUGACUACGAGUUUGCUCGUAGGUUCUCUUGGGCAAGCUCGUUAUACAACACAAAUUGCUAGAUCUCAUAUGAUUCCUCCGUGGUUUGCUAAAAUUCAUCCGAAAACUAGAACUCCUAUCAAUGCUACUUUGCUUGUGACAAUUCUCAGUGCUGUGAUUGCCUUCUUUUCAAGUUUGGAUGUUUUAUCUAGUGUCUUCUCAUUCAGUACACUCUUCAUUUUUAUGCUUAUGGCUGUGGCUUUGUUAGUCAGACGUUACUAUGUUGCAGAUGUUACACCAAAGCAAGGGCUAUACAGAUUUCUUGCAUGUUUGUUUUUCAUAAUGAUCUCUUCAGUUGGCUUAACAGUAUUAUGGAACGUAAAGCAUAGCUGGGUUGGUUACUCUGUGUGUGGUGCUGUUUGGUUUGUCGCAACUUUGGCAUUGCAGUUACUGCCAAAACAGCAAACUCCUAAGGUUUGGGAGGUUCCUCUAGUCCCAUGGUUGCCCUCAUUGUCGAUUGGAUUUAAUAUAUUUCUUAUAGGAUCAUUGGGUUACGAGGCAUUUCUAAGGUUCUUCAUCUGUACUGCGGUAAUGCUGCUAUAUUAUCUCUUUGUUGGUGUGCAUGCUACCUAUGAUGUUGCUCAUCAUGAAUUGACGGAAAGGAAGGCCGAGGAAGGAAAAGAAAAUAACAAUCAAGGGAAGCUAUAAUGCAAACCAUUUAAAUUCGUUCACUAGAAUUUUAAAUAUAAUGGAGGUCAAUUAGCUGUACAGUGAUCUUUAUGAAUGAUCAUUUAGAGCAAUUAUAGUUCAAAUGUCUAGUUUUUAUUUGAUUCACUACGUAUUUUAUUAAAAUCAAGAUCAUAUAUAUUACAUUGUACUUGGAAUAAUCUUAAUUCAAAUACCUCAUUGUUUCUUGCAUGAUGGUGGCAUAUUAAUCAUUAUCUUUG